AUGACGUCUUUGGUGCUGCUUUUAGCAGCGCUAUGGACAGUGACGUCUGCUCAGGUGCUGACGCCGAGUCUGCUGACGAUUUCGCACCGUAAACUAUCCGAGCCAGUUCUACAUGUGGUGAACACAAUGGACAACCAAUCAACGAAGUGUUCAACACAAUAUUCGCCGUUGAACUACUACUCAUAUCAAGAUGACACCACGAAUCCACUUGCAUAUAGGGAAAUGCGCCAAGAGCGCGAGGCUUUCAUCCAGGAAUUCCACGUCGCCUACGUGUGGAUCCAAAUGGCGAACAGUCCAAAACCAGGCACAUGGAUUCUGGAAAGAUCAACUGAUCAUGGAAAGACCUUCCAGCCGUGGUAUUUCUUCGCUGAGACACCCGCGGAAUGCAUGAGGCAAUUCGGAAUGGAGUCACUGUCUCCUAUUUCGGAAGACGAUCGAGUAGUCUGCCGAUCGGACUUGGCUGGAAUCCACCCGCUGGAAAACGCUGAGAUGGUGAUCAAAAUCCUUGAGCAUCGCCCAAGUCGUUUCAAGUUCUCGUCAUCAGAAGCACUUCAGAAUUUCACCAGGGCUACUAAUGUACGUAUACGUCUUCUGGGAACGCGAAACCUUCAAGGACAUCUUAUGCAUUUGAACGAUAGAACUGAUCCGACGGUUACCAGACGGUAUUUCUACUCGAUCAAAGAAAUCCUGAUGGGUGGUCGUUGUGUAUGCAACGGUCACGCAGGUACCUGCGACAUUUUGGACCCACGAAGACCACGAACCCUGCUCUGCAGAUGCGAGCACAACACCUGUGGUGAUAUGUGUGAACGUUGUUGUCCAGGAUUCUUACAGAAGAAAUGGCAGCCGACCACCGCACACAACAACUUCACCUGCGAACCUUGCAACUGCUUUGGGCGUUCCGACGAAUGUGUCUAUGACGAGGAUGUUUUCGUCAACAGUCUCUCACUUGACAUUCAUGGAAACUACGAAGGAGGCGGUCGUUGCUUGAACUGUAGAGAUUUCACGGAAGGUGUCAACUGUAACAAGUGUGUGUUUGGCUACUAUCGACAGGAGGGCGUUCAGUGGAAUGACACAAUGCCUUGCAAACCAUGCAGAUGUGACCCAAGCAAACACACUGGUGACUGUGAGGAAGGUACUGGCAAGUGCUAUUGUCAACCUCGGUUCCAAGGCGAGAACUGCGAUCAAUGCGCUCCGGGCUACUACGAUCCGCCUGAGUGUAAAAAGUGCGAAUGUACAGUAGGCGGUACCCUGGACGGAACUUGUCUGCCUGAGAAUGGUCAAUGCCCUUGCAAACCUGGAUUUGGCGGAACAUUCUGUGAGACGUGUGAACCUGGCUUUACUAACGUCACAGCUGGUUGCAAAGGUACUGGCAAGUGCUAUUGUCAACCUCGGUUCCAAGGCGAGAACUGCGAUCAAUGCGCUCCGGGCUACUACGAUCCGCCUGAGUGUAAAAAGUGCGAAUGUACAGUAGGCGGUACCCUGGACGGAACUUGUCUGCCUGAGAAUGGUCAAUGCCCUUGCAAACCUGGAUUUGGCGGAACAUUCUGUGAGACGUGUGAACCUGGCUUUACUAACGUCACAGCUGGUUGCAAAGAAUGCGUUUGCUAUGAGACCGGCUCCGCACACUCGAAUUGUUCGGCAACGACUGGGCAGUGCGUUUGUAAACCGUCGUUCAGUGGCCUGCAUUGUGACAGCUGCCAAACUGGCUUCUAUGGAUUUCCAAACUGCACAUUCUGCAACUGCGACCCUGUUGGAACGGAAGACGGCAUAUGCGAUCAAUACUCUGGCCAAUGUAUGUGCAAAGAUGGAUUUGUUGGCGAAAAAUGUGAUCAGUGCGAUAUUGGCUACUAUGGAUAUCCUAAUUGUAAAGGUGAGAACUUACUAAUGACUCAUUUUGAAGUUGGCGCUUAUAAAUACUCAGUAAAUGUGCAGUUCUCGAUGACCAUGGGGCGGAGUCAGACCAGUCGCUGUACUUCACUUGUUGGCAUGCCUUUCCUGUUUCCUAGUUACCUUCUCAAAAAGGAUGGCCCACCUACGGGUGAAGCACACGAGCAGGCCUGA